AUGAAACAUAGGUACGACAAGAGCUACGAUGGGCUGAACGACGUCGAAACGGUCUUAUGGGGUAGAAACGCACGGAAUAUCGAGGACGACCUCGUGAGAGCAAGCGAUGCUGAGGACUCUGAUCUGGUGCAUCCAUCCGACGACUCUGAUCCAGACGACUCCUUGGAACAUGAGGACAGAUAUUAUCGGAAAAAGGCAAAGCGAGGAGCUCGGAGGAUGCGCGGGCGUAAUGAAGCAGAACUCAGGUCGACACCUUCGAUCGACUUCGUAGAUGACGGAACGUCAUACGAACCUGGAGAGGGUUACUCAGACGACUCAGCUGAUGAGCGUACAUCAUUCACUGAUAGACGGAAUGCUUCAGAGAAGUCCACAUACGAGGACGUGGCUUACUAUCAACAAGGUCCGGCAGUGACGAAAUCGAGCAAGUACAAAGGACCAUACGACAACUCAAUGCCGUCAAGUCGAGGAGCACGUUAUCAGCCCGAGGACCUGCGGCUCAUCAAAUCGAGCAGGCAUCACCAAGCGAGGAGCAAGCUGGUGCAGCCUUAUCAUUCUUCUGCAGUAUCUAAUCGAAGAAAACAUCAUCAAUUUGAACACGAAGCGCUGGUACCUGCGAGCAGAGAAUCGCAAUAUCACAAAGCCCUACCGCAAAGAUCGCCGUUUCUGAACAUUUUCGAGUCCGACAGGAAGAUUACUAAAGACCAUGACUUUCAUGUAUUACAUUCAACUUCUCUAGUACUAAAACAAUCCACUGCUUGGAAAGCCAAGGGCAAUGUACGGACGAAGCGGCUUAGGAGGGUCGACAAGCAAACGAAGGAAGGGCCUACCUCGAAGCAGGCGUAUCCCGUACUGUAUAACUGCUUGGGCGGUCAUAUGCCACACGAGGUCAAGGAGCAAGCUGAAGCUGAAGCUGUCCUACCAGAACGGAACAGAUGA